AUGCCAGACUUGCGAGACUCAACAAAUCAUCUUGCUCCAUUGGCAUUGCCCACGCAGCUCGUCUACUACUAUGGCUACAUGGAAGGCCGGUUCGGUCUGGAGGACACGCCCCGGUUUCCUAUCAUUCGAGCGGAGCGUUCGAGAUUGCGAGACUGGCUUUUGACCAAGAUUCCCGUUCAAUGGGGGAGGAAGGCCGAACGCGUCGAAUACAACGAUGAUGGGGCCGAAGUCUUCUUCCACGACGGCACAAGUGCCAAAGGCGAUUUUGUCGUCGGCGCAGACGGCGCCAACAGCAUUGUGCGCGAGAGCUUGCUUCAAAAGCCCAGCAGUGAGCUGCUGAGCCACGUCCCCCUGAGCGCCAUCGUGGGAGAAGUGACCUUAUCCGGCGACGCCUUCAGGCGCCAAAUGGCGCUUGGAUACAGCGCCUAUAAUCUCAUCAACCCGGAGCUCGGCUUCAUCGGGUUCGUCGGGUUGCACCAGGCGUUGCCAGACGGACAGUCUGGCCAGUUCUACUGGAUGCUCAUGCAGCCCGAUCAGAACAUCGCGGAGCCCAACCACUGGCUCCACUCGAGCACCCAGCGGGAGAAGCUGGAUCACGUCCUCGAAACAGUCGCGCCGCUGGCCGCCCCCCUCAGGGAGAUCUUCGAGCUGACGCCGGCCGACGGGAUCAGGAGGGACCUGCACGCGUGGAAGGACCUCGAGCUCGAGCACCUGCCUGCUGGCCGCACUGCCAUCCUGGGCGACGCGGCUCACGCCAUGACGCCGGCGGGUGGCAUGGGUGCGUUCCACGCCCUGAUCGACGCCAUGAAGCUGGGUCAGGCGCUUUGCAAGCUCAACGGCGAGGACACGAUGGGCAAUAUUGCGGUCGUCAGGGCUACUGUUGCUGAGUUCAACGGCGAGAUGCUCGGGAGAGGUGCAGCCGCCGUGCGAAGCUCUCGUGAUUCCUACGAGGGGGCAAAGAGGCGGGCUGAGACCAAGGAACAUUUCACCAGGGGCUUGAGACCACUACCCGCAGUCAAACCUGAGGACAUUGUGCUGGAAAUAAAGGCGUAG